AUGGAUAUCGACGAAGAAGACCAGGCUGCGGAAGCGGAACUCGAUGCCGACGAAGCCGAAGAAGGCGUUGAUAGUGAUGAAGAGAUGAACGGUCUUCGAGACGACAUGGAUACCGACAUUGACGCGCUUCGUGCGUGGAUGAGGCAGAUGGAGGAGCAGAAUGGGGCUUCGGAUGACGAGGAUCAGACGGAGGAUGACGAUGGCGUUGAGGAGGAUGAUAACGUUGAUGCUGAUGAACCUAUCGAAAACCUCGAAGCCAAUACUUCUAAACCAUUUGCAUCCCCGAGGAAACACACAUUACCCGACACGAACCAUUUCGAGCUCGAGAACGAAAGCAGCGGUUUGCCUGAGGAGAAAGCUAUCAUGGGAGAUGACCCAGUGCCACAUUCUCCGUUUUCCCUGAGCAGUGGGGCCUCCCAUCCUGAAGAUGACGACACGAACGCCGCGUUUCAGUCCCCUCCGCCAAACGCAAAUCUGGGCACCACUUCGCUCACGUCAAUCUCCACUAGUGCGGAAGUUGACGGGAACUUGGGUCAUGAUGCAGCCAAAAGCGAGAGGGACAACGAGGCGCAAAACCAAAACGAAACGCCAAUCCCUUUCCUGCUUAAACACACUCUCAGAGAAUACCAGCACGUUGGCUUGAGCUGGCUUGCAGGGCUUUACCAGAAAGGGCUAAAUGGCAUUCUCGCCGAUGAAAUGGGGUUGGGGAAAACGAUACAAACCAUUUCGCUCUUUGCGCAUCUUGCGGUCGAUCGAGGAGUCUGGGGCCCUCAUUUGAUUGUCGUGCCUACCUCAGUGAUGCUGAAUUGGGAAUGCGAGUUCAAGAAAUGGCUGCCUGGCUUCAAGCUACUGACCUACUACGGAAACAUUGCCGAACGCGCAGCGAAGCGUGUCGGUUGGUUGAAGCCCAACUCCUUUCAUGUCUGCAUCACCAGCUACCAAAUCGUCCUGCGCGAUCAACAUAUCUUCCGCCGAAAACGAUGGUGUUAUCUGGUUCUCGACGAAGCACACAACAUCAAAAACUUUCGCAGCCAACGGUGGCAAACACUGCUGGGCUUCAACACCGAGCGCAGAUUGCUUCUCACAGGCACGCCGCUGCAAAACAGUCUCAUGGAGCUGUGGAGUUUGCUCUACUUUCUGAUGCCUGCUGCAGGCGGUCCCGGCGGUCAAACGGAAGGCGGAUUUGCGGGACGCCAGGAGUUCAAAGAAUGGUUCGAAGGAUCGGUGUCCAGUCUAAUCGGUGACGGCUCCGGGAUGCCGAAUGAUGCUUUGACUACCGAUUCCGCGGAUGCCGAUACGCGCGAAUCUGUGGCGAGGCUCCACGCCGUGCUUAGACCAUAUAUUCUGCGUCGUCUCAAAGCGGACGUGGAGAAACAAAUGCCGGCCAAGUACGAACAUGUUGUCACGUGUCGGCUGAGUAAGCGGCAGCGGUUUCUGUACGAUGACUUCAUGUCUCGCGCGAAGACGAAAGCGGAUUUGGCGUCAGGGAACUAUCUAAGCAUCGUCAACGUUCUCAUGCAGCUACGAAAAGUGUGCAAUCACCCAAACUUAUUCGAGGAGCGACCGGUCGUCACGGGAUUCGCUCUUCCGGAAGGCGGCGUCCCAGGGCGUUUGCUCAAGCUCGAAGAGAUUUUGGUCUGGAAGAAGCUUUUGCGCGAGAUCGAUAGUGUGGUUUCUAUGGCGCGGAUUGGCCUUGACAUUGUGAACCCAGAUCGGGAAGGGCCUCACGGGUGGACGCGAUUGGAGAGCCAGCGCUUGACGAAGUGGGCGGCAUGGCGAGAGAUUCAGCAGAGUCUGGACGAGGCCGUGGAUGCCGAGGUACAAACCCGCGCUUUACUUCCGAAGGACGGCCAGGUUCGAACGCUGGCGGCUUGGAAGCUGGUCAAGCAGUGGCACAAUGCAAAGGACAAAGUACAUUGGUGGCAGACGCUGAAGCGGUCAAAUCGGUUGCGGUGUAGACACGCUCUGGCGGGCAUCGCACCGAUGUACGGACGUGAUGUAAUUCGGUUAUGUCGGUCACUUGGAGAACGCGAAGUCGAAGUCAUCGUUCACGCCAGCGACGAUCCGAGCAGAAUGGGUUCGUACAGCACAUAUCUGCGCCAAGCGGUGUUAACCCCAGAGGAGAGAUUGGCAACCGUCAUUGAAUACAUCGAUCGCUUCGUAUGCGUAACACCGCGGGCUCGCGUCCACCCUUUUCGCACGAAUAUACCCACUCCCGGUCUCAUCUAUCCUCGGUCAGCCGAUUCGUAUGAUGCGGUCUGUCCGGUAGAUGUGCUGGGGUUCGCGAAAACAAGACUGGAAAUCUCGUUUCCGGACAAGAGACUUGUUCAGUUUGAUUGCGGCAAGUUGCAGAUGUUGGACAAGAUAUUGAAGGAGAUGAAGCCUGGAGGUCAUCGGGCGCUGAUUUUCACGCAGAUGACCAAAAUGCUCGAUAUCCUCGAAGUUUUCCUGAAUCUGCAUGGGCACCGCUAUCUUCGUCUAGAUGGUUCUACAAAGGUCGAGCAGCGACAAGUGCUCAUGGAGCGGUUCAAUAACGAUAAGCGCAUUCUCGUCUUCAUCCUAAGCACACGCAGUGGUGGGAUAGGGAUGAAUUUGACGGGCGCCGAUCGGGUCAUUUUCUAUGACAGUGAUUGGAACCCGGCUAUGGAUGCCCAAGCUCAAGAUCGCGCGCAUAGAAUCGGCCAAACCCGCGAAGUCCACAUUUACCGCUUUGUGAGCGCACACACAAUUGAAGAGAACAUGCUCCGAAAAGCAAAUCAAAAACGUCGGCUUGACCAACUUGUUAUUCGAGCCGGAGAUUUCACGACUGAGUGGAUAAGCAAGAACAACUCCAAUACAACGUUGCAGUGGCAGGAUUGGCUAGAUGCGGGCAAUCUCACCGAGUCUGGAGAUGGGACUCAAUCUGGGCCCGAGCUACAACCAAAGCAAAUCCGCCCAGAGACCGCAGCAGGGGCGCCGGCUGAUGCAAGCGUCUGGGAACAGGCUAUCAUGCAGGCGGAGGACGAGACGGACGUCGCUGCUGCGAAGAUGGCUACUAUGGAGUUCCAGCAGGACAUUGCGGAUUUCAGCGAAUCCGGAACGGUUCCGGCCCCGUCCACGACGCUUGCAGCAACCGGGGCAGCACUCGAGCGUCAUGCACGGACACUCGCCAAGAACGGUGGAAAGAGUUCGAGCGCAGUUACCGAACCUGCAGCGACGUCCUCCGAUCCCAUCGAUCGUUCAGAAAUUUCGGGAAGGGAAACUGGCUCACCAUCACCAUCCCCAGUCGUCGAUUCUGCUUCAUCAACCCCUUUGAAACCACCGAUACCCGAACCUGGCCCGCUUGACGAAUACCUCUUCCGUCUCCAACUUUACCGCAUGAAUCUCGAACACCUAUUUGACUGGCGCGACUUUGCAGACGAACUGAACCGGGUCGCGCAGGAGGUCCUCCAACGAGAACAGGCGGAGCGCAACGCGCAGGAAGAGUUGAACAAUAGGAUGAAUGGUGUCCUUGGCUGCACCGUCGAGUUAUAA